AUGAUCUUGAUCAAUGGUGUUGAAGAUGGUGACACUAUUAUUCCUGAUGCUCAUGUUCUCCCUGCAUCAUGCCUCGGUUACAAGGAUGGAUUGCUAGUCAAGGGUUACUUGAACUCCACGUCAUCCCCAACCGCAGCAAUAUCAUUCCAAGGUACCUUGAUCGGCAAGUCGAAAAUCGCUCCACAAGUCGCCUCGUUCUCCUCCCGAGGUCCUAGCCUGCUAUCUCCCGGGAUCCUGAAGCCGGACAUCAUUGGCCCCGGGGUCAACAUUCUGGCUGCUUGGGCGGAAUCUGUCGACAAUGCUACUAACUCAUUCAACGUGGUCUCUGGAACUUCAAUGGCUUGCCCACAUCUGAGUGGAGUUGCAGCCCUCAUCAAAAGUGCUCAUCCGAAUUGGUCCCCUGCAGCCAUAAAGUCGGCCAUCUUAACCACAGCUUACACGGGCGAUCUCGGUGGCAGCCCGAUCUCCAACGAGCAGAAUGUUCCUGCUACCGUUUUCGACAUGGGUUCGGGCCAUGUGGACCCAUCCAAGGCACUGAACCCCGGGCUGGUUUACGACAUCGAACCGGAUGACUACAAUCCUUACCUCUGUGGGUUGGGUUACAGCGACAAGCAAGUGAGAACGAUCGUGCAGCGAAAGGUGAAUUGCUCAUCUUCGAUACCGGAGGCUCAGCUGAACUACCCGACAUUCUCGAUCUCGCUGGCUCCCGGUGAUAAUCAGACGUACACUAGAACGGUUACUAACGUUGGUCGGGCUAACUCGAGGUACAUGAGCGUGGUUGUUACAUGGAAAGGGAUCAUUGGUGUUGAAGUCACGCCUAAUGAGAUCGAGUUCAAGGAGGUGGGAGAGAAAGCGAGUUACUCUGUUACGUUUACUAGGUUGAGUAGUACUACUAGUUUUCGUCAAGGCUCCGUGGUCUGGUCUGGUCAUGAUGAUGAUGGUGUCUUCUUCUCCUCCUUCUCUCAGGAGGCAUCGGCUUCUGGAUUAACCGACUUGGAAACCUACAUUGUCUCUGUUGAGAAACCAGCAGGCCUACUAGAAUCCAAUCUACAUGACUGGUACACCACAUUCCUCCCAGAGGCUACUACAAGCCUAAGCUCGAACCAACAACGAAUCGUCCACUCCUACCGUAAUGUGAUCACAGGCUUUGCGGCUAGGCUCACACCACAGGAAGCCAAAGCAAUGGAACAGAAGGAAGGCUUCAUCUCGGCCCGAGUCCAACGAUCUUUCCCACUACACACAACCUUCACUCCCAAGUUUCUCGGCCUGCCACAGAAUAUUCUACGAGCUGGGAACGCCUCAAAUUAUGGAGAGGGAGUGAUCAUUGGGAUGAUUGAUUCGGGGAUAAAGUAUGAUCACCCUUCUUUCUCCGACAAAGGCAUGCCUCCCCCGCCUGCCAGAUGGAGAGGCAGGUGUGACUUCAACGGCAAGCAAACAUGUAACAACAAGCUCAUUGGUGCUCGAAGCUUCGUCUCUACUGCUCGAGGUACCGAUCUCCCGUGGGAAGAAGCCUACCAUGGGAGUCAUACUUCAGGGAUAGCUGCAGGGUGCCCUGUAGAAGGUGCCAACGUGUUUGGACAAGCGAAUGGGACAGCCACGGGGAUCGCGCCUAGAGCCCAUGUGGCAAUGUACAAGGCCUGUGCAGUGUCCUGCUACGAUGGUGACUUAUUGGCAGCAAUCGAUGCUGCUAUUGAUGAUGGCGUUGAUCUGCUGUCAAUCUCCAUUGGACCUGAAUCUCCUUUUCCAUUCUACUACGACGUGAUUGCAUUGGGUGCAUUUAGAGCCAUUCAAAAGGGUAUCUUUGUGAGCUGCUCAGCUGGAAAUGAUGGACCUUAUCCGAGUACAGUAACCAACGAUGCGCCAUGGAUUCUAACCGUCGGAGCGAGCACGAUCGAUAGGGAGAUCAGAGCUACGGUGAAGUUGGGGAACAAUGUGGAGCUCCAUGGCCAAUCCCUCUUCCAGCCUAAAGACUUCCAUCCACGGCAGCCACUCCCAAUCGUCCAUCCUGCUGCAAUUAGCAAUAAUGAAUCAGCAGCAGUUUGUGAGAAAGGGUCACUGAAGAACAUUGAUGUUAAAGGCAAGAUAGUCAUAUGCCACAUGGGACAAUUGAGAAUCGAGGAUAAGGGUAAAGAAGUGAAGGACAAUGGUGGCGCAGCCAUGAUCGUGUUCAACGAGCAGGAUGAUGGAUACACUACUCUUGCUACAGCCAACGUCCUUCCCGCAUCACACAUCAGUUACAAGGAUGGAUUGGUACUAAAAAAUUACUUGAUAUCCACGCAAUCUCCCACUGCAACAAUCUCAUUCCAAGGUACCUUGAUUGGCAAGUCACAACCUGCUCCACAAAUGGCCUCCUUCUCUUCCCGAGGUCCUAGCACGCAAUCUCCGGGGAUCCUGAAGCCCGACAUAGUUGGCCCCGGGCUCAACAUUCUGUCUGCUUGGGGAGUCUCAAUCGACGAAGCUACGAACCCAUUCAAUGUGAUCUCAGGAACUUCAAUGUCAUGCCCACAUUUGAGUGGAGUUGCAGCUCUGAUCAAGAGUGCUCAUCCAGAUUGGUCCCCUGCAGCUAUCAAGUCGGCCAUUUUGACCACUGCCUACACCGCUGAUCUCAAUGGCAACCCGAUCUCCACCGAGCAGAAUGUUUCUGCCACAGUGUUCGACAGGGGUUCGGGUCAUGUCCACACAUUGAGGGCAUUGAACCCUGGUCUGGUUUAUGAUAUCGAGCCGGAUGAUUACAUUCCUUACCUCUGUGGGUUGGGUUACAGCGAGCAGCAGGUGAGAUAUAUCGUGCAGAGAAAGGUGAAUUGCUCGACUCCAACUUUGAUACCGGGGGCUCAGCUGAACUACCCAACAUUUUCGAUGGUAUUGGGUGCCGGUGAUCAGAUGACUUACACUCGAACUGUUACUAAUGUGGGUCGGCCUUUCUCGACGUACAUCAGUAAGGUUUUGUCGCCUCAAGGGGUUGCUGUCAAAGUCAUGCCUAGUGUGAUCAGGUUCAAAGACCUCAACGACAAAGCGAGCUACACUGUGACAUUUACCAGGUUGGAGAAUGUGACGAGAAGCAGUAUCAUUGGCCAAGGUUCCUUGGUCUGGAACUCCAUUGGUGAUGAUGGAUACAAGGUCGUGAGUACUAUUGCUGUCGUCUUUGUUUGA